GGAGAGUGGGAAGGAGGUGCAGAGAGGAGCACUGAACAGGAGAGAGGAGAGGAUAAAGGAAGGGAAGAGGUGAAAAGAGGAGAGCGCUUUAAAAAGUAGACUUUCACCGAAAACGUCUACUUUCUAUAUUGAUAUUAAACGCACCUCGUGCAUCACGUGGUGGAGCGUCGUUUCCCCUGGAGGAGAGAAACCCACGUCACUUAGUCCAGGCUGUCGUCACAGGAGACAGGGAAGCAGCUCUGGUCAUGACCUUACACACCUAGUGAUUUAUUCACCUUUAAACUGAAGGGUUUGAAGUUUAAUGCGGUAACGGCAGCGGAGGAGGAAACACCCCGUAGCGCUGACCGGGGUCGUCCUGAGUUUGUGGUUCACUUGCAUGAAGAGGAAUCUAAUGAAUGAACGAGUUGCGUGGAUUUGGGCUGAAUUCACUCUGUGGGCUUGAUGGAUGUCGACACGGUCACUGUGAACAAACAAACAAACAUGUACGUGGGCCGAAAAAGAAGGAAACCAGUACAAAAAGGACUCAAGCAGACCCCUGCAGAAGGGGUGAAGUCCAACCCGUCCAAACGCCAUCGUGAGCGUCUGAACUCAGAACUGGAGCAUCUGGCUCGUCUGCUGCCUUUCCCCGAGGACGUCAUCUCCAGUCUGGACAAACUCUCCAUCCUGAGGCUCAGCGUUAGCUUCCUCCGCAACAAGAGCUUCUUCUCAGCUUGGAAGAAACAGCUGUCCAGUGGCACCACCAAGAGCAGCGUGCAGGACGAUGGUGACACCAUGUCGGCCCCUGACGGCGGCCGCAUACCUGAGGGGGAGCUGCUGAUGCAGGCCUUGAAUGGUUUUGUCCUGGUGGUCACAGCUGAGGGAAUCAUCUUCUUCUGCUCCAGCACCAUGCGAGAUUACCUUGGAUUCCAUCAGACUGAUGUGAUGCACCAGAGUGUGUUUGACAUGAUCCACACCGAGGACCAGCAGGAGUUCAGGAGGAACCUUCACUGGGCUCUGGACCCCCGGCAGGGCCCAGGAACACACACAGAACCUUCAGCAGACUCUUCAGAGUCAGUUUCAGACGAGACCCACAGCAUGGUGAGCUACAACCCUGACCACCUUCCACCUGAGAACUCCUCCUUUCUGGAGAGAAACUUUGUCUGCCGUUUCCGAUGUCUCUUGGACAACAAUUCAGGUUUUCUGGCACUGAACAUCCAGGGUCGGUUAAAGUUUCUACAUGGUCAGAACCAUCAGCACUGUAACUGCAAGGACAACUGUGCACCGCCCCAGCUCGCGCUCUUUGCCAUUGCUACACCACUGCAGCCUCUCACCAUCUUGGAGAUUCGUACCAGGAACUUGAUCUUUAGGACCAAACACAAGCUGGAUUUCACUCCCAUGGCUUGUGAUGCAAAGGGUAAAAUUGUUCUGGGAUACACCGAGGCUGAGUUGAGGGUUCGAGGUUCUGGUUACCAGUUUAUCCACGCUGCUGAUAUGUUGCACUGUGCCGAAAACCACGUCAGAAUGAUGAAGACUGGUGAGAGCGGCCUCACCGUCUUCAGACUGCUCACCAAAGACAACUGUUGGAAGUGGGUCCAAGCCAACGCACGGCUUGUCUACAAGAACGGGAAGCCAGACUACAUCAUUGCCACUCAAAGACCCCUGGCGGAUGAGGAAGGAGGGGAGCACCUGAGGAAGAGGUCCAUGCAGCUUCCUUUCACCUUCGCCACUGGGGAGGCGCUGCUCUACCAGACUGGAUUUCCACUGCAUGGCUUCCCUCAUUCCCUCCAGGGCAGAGUCAAAGGCGGCAAAUCCAACAAGGGCAAAAUGGACAAGAGUUUAAAACGGGACCUGGACCCAAAGUCUCUGCUGGGAGCCCUGAUGAGCCAGGAUGAAUCUGUGUACAUCUGCCAACCAAACGCAGAGCCUGAAAUGCCACACCAGAGCAGCCUUACUUGCCAACAGCCAAAUGAGUUUGUUUUUAGUGGUUCAUCAGAGAGCAGGCACAUUGCAUCUGACAGAGAGUCAGGGAGAUACAGCAGUAGCACCGUUAACUAUGAUCCACUAUUUGAGUCCUUGUCCCUCGAUGUGGGUGAGAUGUGCUCCAACAGUGAACUUUUUAAUGCGCUGGAAAAUCUGGGCCUGGACGCAGAAGACCUAGAGCUCCUCCUGCUGGAUGAGAGGAUGGUUCAUUUGGAGCUGGGCUCUAACUUUGGUGAUCAUCUCACCGACAACAAUAUCUAUACCUACGACCAUCACUCCAACAAGGGUCAAACAGAGGGAGAGGAACCAGGGAGCACAGGGACAUUCGGGCUGUUGGGCUCAUCACCGAACCCCUACCUGCAGGCACCAACAGUUCUGUCCAAAAAUAAGGGGCCUGAGGAUUUUUUAUCACAGCAAAUGCAGCAUCAACUCCGUACAUGUGAUCAGAUGACUCAUCAUGUGGUCCAAGGCAACACUCUCUAUCAUUCUGAAUCUCUGAGCACUAAUGCUUUACCCUGGGUUCCCAAAAGCGCUCAUCAACAUCCACAUACUUCACUUAAGGUUUUCCAGCAGAACCCUGAGCUUAAAAGGCUUCCUUCUCACCAGUGGCAGCUCCACACGGACCAGAACUUCACUCAGCUACAGCCUUCUCAUCAGGAAAACUGCAGCACUGCUUCACCAUCUCAGAGUUUUCUUGGGCAGACGACGAGCAGAUCUUACACGCCAAACCAACUGACACCGAACACGGAGGUGUCCCGUAUGGGAUGUAGUAUCUCCGAGACACCACACUCCUCCUGCAGUACAGGGACCGCACUGGACAUUUGUUACUCCCAGCACCAGGGUGCCCAGAUGAACCAGCAGAUGAUGGUUCAGACUCAUGCUGGUUCAUCUGGUGUGGGCCAAAGCUCUGGAGUGGAAUUAGAGCCGUUGUUGGAUCUGACUCAUCUUCAGAACAACCUGACAUCUCUACAGCCGUACAGCAUGUUUGGGAUCAGUGCAGAGGAAACCACUCAGUGCACGAGAUGCGGCACACACAGCGGUGAAUUAGCAGAGUACACAGCUGCACGGAGGAGCAGGGGCCAAUAUGAUCUCAGACAAAAGGAUUGGAGAACAGCUGUCUCCUCAGUGCCACUCACACACCGUCCAUCAAAUCCUGCCUGAUUCCUAAUGGAAAUAGCUGGUCGACAAACACCAUCUCCGUCUCUCGCCCUGAAGGACCUGCUGCUCCACAGGAUCCAUAGAAGUCCAGAGUGUGGUCGGAGGAGAAGCUAAGGAGUGGCAGUAACUGAACAUGUGAGUUAGUGAUGGUGAGGUUUGAUAGAGUAGAAGAAGAAGAAGGAUGGAACUAAAGAAAGUAUGAUGUAGGUCAUAGUAUCAAAAUGUGUGUUCUUAUUAACCAUGAUGUCAUGCUUUGGUGAGGUUUGUGUGUAUGAUGUUCUGUUUGUUGUUGCUUUAACAGUAGACGUUGGUAACCAGCAAAGUUCCAGGUAAAAAAGGAAUUUGUCUUGAAUAUGACAAACAUGAUAAAAAUGUAUAUUUCACACUAUUUUCUACGUGUGACAAUUCCAAAUAUAGGAAUUAAUAAUAUGUAAAACUGUCAAAAUGCUUUAAGACUUCAUUGAAGACAUUGUCACCAACAAUAGGAAUCAGUCUACAGUCAGUCGAAUUUCAUUUGUCAGUCGUAGACUUGCUCACUGCCCUGUGCUCUGGUCUGUGGUGUGUCAGACAGUCUGACCUGAAGUCUGAACAAACACAUGCUGGACAGUACUACGGCACCUUAAGCCCAAGUUGCAAUUUAAGCCCCCUUUUUAUCACAGUGUGCAAUUGACAGCGUGUGUCAACUGUGUGUUAGAGCGUUCACUGUCAGGUCAACACAGUGGAGUUAUUGGAUCUACAGUGAGUGUCUCUCCACUUAUGCUGAAACAUUUUUAAUUUUGCCAGUAAUUGCCUCUUUGUGAUGCCUCUGGUUGUGUGUCUGUUAAAGCAACACAGCCAUUAUCCAGACAUGUUGCCGUCACAUUUGUCCAAAGAGAACAAAUGUUAAACUUGCUUGCAAAAAGCAAAGAAACGCUGCACCUAUACUCACAAGUCUGUGAGUGCAAGUUUUUGAAAAUGAAGUUGAAUUUAAUUAUACCUUUAACCAAAUAUAGACCCUGACAAUAGUACAAAAACCACAUUAACAUUAUUAUCAUGAAUACAGAGCAGUUUUAGGUUCUGAUCCUUGAUCUUUAAAUGGUUUAUAGUUCAUAAAAUAUAAUUGUUAAAUUGUUAAGUUUGUAAAUAUCACUUAACUAUUUUAUCACUGUGAAACAGACACGUCAGAAAGGACCUGAUGUGUCUGAAGUGUAGAAGCAUUUUUGGUUGCCCAAAGAAGAAGUGAAUGCCUUUUCUCGACUACAGCCAGUUAGUGAGUUGCCUGUUGACUUAAUGACUUCAUGUUGUUGUGUGAGAAACACUGUAACACACUCACCGUAUAUGUGCACACCAAUCCAGUAAGGAGUGUUUUGUAAAUAAUAGAUGGAGUUAAUCACGACAUUAUUCUCAGUGAUAAAGUGAGAAUAUCUUUGCUCCUAAAUUGUUUUACAGUGCUGUAAGCAUUUGUUUCCUUCUACUUUGAAGGUGUCACUGGCUUUGGUUGCUUGAGCAUGUUUUUUGUGCAAAGACUGCUGCAUGAUUAUAUUUAUAGAACAGUGGGGUCUGUGGUGUGUUAUGAUUCCUUUAACAUGUUUUUUACUAUUUUCACAUUUUUUUCGAUUUUACAAAAAAAUCUUUAAAAACUCAAGUGCUUUGACAAUGGAUAUGAGAGCAUUUAAUUCUUUGCGAAAACCAAAUUCUAAACGUAAAACCACACAAGUGUGUGGUUGCUAAUUAUUGCCUUACUCUGAGUUUGAUGACAGAAAAAAAAAAAUCUGGAUUACAAGGUGUUUUGUCUUGUCCUUUCUGUUACAGUAAACAGGACGUCCUCAAGCUAAAGUAUCAGCCAGUGUCAAAUGGAGCCAGUACAGUCUGGGGGUGUCAAACUCAUUUUGGUUCAGGGGCCACAUUAAACUGAAGUAGAUGUCAAGUGGGCCGGGCCAGAAUAAUUAGGACAUGAUUCCCUAUAAAUAACAAAAUCCAUGUUUUUUUCUCAUUCUCAUUUGUUUUCAUGCAAACAUGAUUAAGUUUAUUAGAAUAUCGUCAUAUUUAAUGAAACGUAAUUUAACAAGACAUCUCGAACAUGAAGUCUUUGUGCAUUUUUUCACUUUCAAAAUUCAUCAAGUGGGCCAGAUCGAUCCCCCUGUGGGUCGGUUUUGGGCUGUGGGCUGUGUGUUUGACACCCCUGGUAUAGAGAAUUAGCUUGGUCUAGCCUAGCCUUUAUCUCGUUAGGUUUUAAUGUGACUGUAGCAAGAAUGUUGGUGUACUGUUUUUAAAGUUGAGGUUGCUGUUUACAACAAAUAACAGCAUGGCCUUAGGAACAAUUAGCGCUAAGCACCACUUUAGCGCUUAGUAGCCACUACAAUCUUUUCCCAAAUGCUUUAAUAUAAAAAUGCAAUAUAAUGUAUGUCACUGUACAUCAAUGUCCCUUCACAUAACUCUCCAAAAUAACUGUCAUCACCAACCUCCUCCUGUAGCUUUAGUAGUGGUAGAGACAAAGAAAAGCAUUUAACAGUGUGUUGUGUUAACAUUGUUCCUUAUGUCCUGUUGUCUCUUUAACUUCAGUUUACCUUACAGUUAGAGCAGUAACAUCUUUGGCCAUUUUUGUCUUCAAAGGUCUUGGAUUUACUGCAUGUCUCCUUUGUUAUUUAUCAUUUUUAUUUUAAACAUGUGGUAUUAAAAUGUGAUUAAAGUAAAGUAUUUUGUGUAAACAUCAUCAACUUCCUGCUCUUUUGCUUUUUGAAUGUCAACUGGAGAAUGUCACCUCCUCUACAGAAUAUCCAACCAGCUUCUACACAUAACAUAACAAAUAAAAUCAAGUCAAAGUUACUGCUGCUGCUGCUGGGCACUUUUGAUUGGUCAGAACAGCAAAGUGAGGCUAAGAGGAUCAUAUGUGUU